AUGACACGAGGUAUUCUCUGGGUGUCAUCGCAAAUUGAGAAUCGAGAUGCUCUCACGCCGGAGAAGUUCUGCGAGUGGUAUGAAGACACACACGUCCAAGAAGUCCUCGCCCUCCCCGGUUUCCCGUCCGCCUCACGCUGGCAAAUCGUCGUACCAGGAUCUUCGUCUACAGAUGCACAAAGCACCCGCCCACCGUGGCUCACUGUUUUCGAAAUGCGGGAUAUCGCGUAUAAAGACUCUCCCGCUUUUCAGGCUGUGCAUAACCAGGUCCCUCCAUUGGAAUUGAUUCAGCAGGUGUAUGCGCAUGUAGGAUUUGAUAUUCGGUUUUACGAGGAGGUUUCUUGCGUGGAAAAGCCCGGCGUGGGAUCGGAACCGGGUCAGUUGCUUGUAUCA